UGUUGGUCGUUGAAAAAACUGGUAGAUCAUUCUGAGAGAGGACGACGAAGAAAAAAAAGAAAGUGGGCAAAAAAAGGCAUAAGAGUACCUAAAGCAGAAAAAGUAAAUAAAUAAAAAAAAAAAAAAAAAUAUACAAAAAAAAAAAAAAAUAAUAAAAAUAAAAAUAAAAUAAAAAAAUAGUUGGAAAAAAAAGGAAUGAAAUGGCAAGACAAAAAAAUGAGACAGGGCCAGAGAGAGGGUGGGCAAGAGAAGAAAAUCGCUCGCAGGCUAUUUUCCAGAGGAAUUUUCAUUGGACGACCGCCAUAUUGAAUGCUGGGAUAAAGCAGUGGUUGUUCGCGACGUUCUAUUGGACAUUACCAUGACAACGGUUGGCACAGAGCAACCAGUGAGGCUGAGCAACCGUACUCGGCACUUGUACUAGAGGGUGGAUUGACGCUCGCUCGUACACGUCCAGGGGUCGGUACGCCGCUCCCACCCCCGUGCUCUGGACGCGCAUCCCCCGAAUCUUGUGCUGGGAUAACUACAUUUCGCGGACAGAAUCCCACAAGAACUCACGGCGAACGGUGCCCCCAUCAACCAUCGUCGGCAAAAAUUAUUUUUCGUGUCUCGAAACUCGCGCUCCGGUUCCCCGAUCCGACGCAUCCGUUACCGAAUAAAUAUAUAUACAUAUAUAUUUACAUUUAACUUAACACGCAAUGCUUUGUUCUGCGACCCGCUGUCCGUGCCGCGCUCUAUCAACACAAUCAUCCUAGUACAGUGCAACGCAUAAAUUAAAAUUCAUUUAAUUAAUAACUCAACAUCCCUUAAAUUCCCGCCAAUUAUUUUGGUAAUAUUUGAAUUUUCAAGGACGGCAACUCCUUCCCCUCUUUCGCUCCUUACCCUCUGACCGACUGAGGCGCCGUCUAAAUUAAAUAAUAGUUCGUAAUAAAAUUUGAAUUUACAAUUUAAUCAGACCUUCCUGGUCGCAAGAGCACUCUGAAGACGAGACUCGGUGUGAUACGCCGCCGUCUAACCCAAGGGAUUACGUAUAACGUCGCUCUGAAAUUGUUUAUCAUAUUUGUGGAGACUGAUAACUCUGUAUGUCAACAAAUGGAUAAUAGUAACAUCAAUUAUUGUAAAGUGACUAUUGUGUGAUGAACAUUUAAGUGCAGACAAUAUUUGUGAGGAUUUAUUUUGUGAGAAUUGACAUGCACGGAGGCGAUUAAAUUUUUAUUUCAUGACCGGAUUGCUGUUUAAUGCAAGUGGAGACCGGAGACUGCAGUACUAGAGUACUAGUUUUAGUUGUGUGGAUUUAUUUAAAUACAAGCAUGUCCUGGUAAUAUUAAGUUGUUGCCAACCGAGUGUUUGAAAAGGUAGUAAAGAUUACCUGAGACCUCUCAGCAAGGUCACCCCGGCAUCAUCCUGGCUAACGACUUAUCCGGUGGGAACGGUGGCCCAGGCGGCGGUGUUGGUUCCGUCGGUGGUACCUCCGUAGGCGGCGGAUCUCUGCCGACCACCGCGCUGAGUCUGGAUCACCAGCAAUUCAACAUAUUCCCGGCAAUAUUCAGUCGCCAGCUAAACUUUUCGGCUGCCGCGGCAAACUGCAGUCAAAACAAACUUAUGGACGAGCUGAGGCCGAACCUCGGGUUGCUUGGAGUCGGGCUCGUUGAGAACGACGCUUUCCAUUUGAACCACAACCAGGAGAAACGUAAGUGCAGCAGUGCGAGCUCUAACGAACAAGACUUUGGACUUUACGGGGUCCACCAGGGUUUGGAAGCCAGUCCGCCAACGCCAGCAGCAACUCCCGGGAGGAAUAGCGUCGGCAAUGCCACUAGUGUUGGUUACGCGGUGUUUGCAGGUGCUGAGGGUGCUUUCAAAAAAUUGAAACCCGAGCCCUGUGCCUCGAGUCCGCACAUCGGCCACACACCGACCACAGCAAGCUGUCCUACGCCCGCUAGAAGACGACACAGGACAACAUUCACCCAGGAGCAGCUGGCGGAAUUGGAAUCGGCGUUCGCGAAAUCCCAUUAUCCGGACAUAUACUGCAGAGAGGAAUUAGCGAGGAGCACGAAAUUGAACGAGGCUAGAAUUCAGGUAUGGUUCCAAAAUAGAAGAGCCAAGUAUCGGAAACAGGAAAAACAGUUACAAAAAGCAUUGGCACCUAUUCCUACUUGUCAAGGCGCUAUGAUGAGAAAUAUUUAUCCAGGUGCCGGAAGAGGGUAUCAGCCCUACGCUCAUCCGCACAAUAGUAUCAAUGGAAUAAAUCGUUAUCCUCAGAUGGGAGCCUCGUCAUAUCCAAGUAUGCCUCAGCCUUUCUCGAUGUCGCACUCAGCGUCGAAUAUGUCUGCGGUAACGGGAAUGCGACAGGACGCGAUGGGAAUGUCUGCAGAGGAUGAAUGGUACAACAAAAGUAUCUCAGCGUUGAGAAUGAAUACGGCACACCAUCCAAAUCUGGCUGCGCCUAUGCUUCAAUAUCAGACAUAAUUUACAGCGUUGGAUACACUUUAAUAAUUAAAUAAUAUAAAUAUAUAUAUUUAAAAAUAAAAUAAAUAAAAACCCAAUUUUAAAAUUUAAAUACACCGAUUUGUUCGUCAUGCUCAUACUUUUCAUUUAUUUAUUUAACUAAAUUUGGUAAGAGCUUCAAUUAUUUACAUCAGAAAAAUCAGUCAUUAAAAUCGAUCAGUUCCACUAAUUAAUUAAAUAAAUUAUUUUUCCUGAAAGUCAAUGUCUAGAAUUUUAGAGACUAGAAAAAAUGAAAAAUCGGGAGUGAAUAAGGAUUUCAUUUAAGGAGAGUCGGUAAUUAUUUUCAUCGAAGCUUUUCUCUCAAACAAAGAUUCCAAAUGCAAAGUUUAGAACGAGGCUCGAUUCCUUGCACGAUAAUCUAGCAAUUUACGUUUUUAUUUUUAAAAAAUGUUUAUUUGUUUAAAAAAAAAGUGGAAAAAGUUCCUAUUUAGUGCGCAAGUGCAACACGAGAGUGAAAGAGAAAAAAAACCUGGUCCUUUUUAAAUCUGAAUUGAUUCCGACCCUUAGAGUUAUGGAAUUUAAAAAAAUUACUCCGCAUGUGGGGUGAAUAGGGCGUUUUUUUUAGCGGAGUGAUUUGAAUUUUAUUUUAAUGCCAUAGAGUUUUAAUGUUACAGUGAACUCCUCUCAGGAGUGAAUUUUUCUCUGAGGGGAUUCCUGGUGGAAAUUUUUUUGAAUUUUCUCUAAAAAAACUCAGUUCUGAAGUUCUAAAGACUUUUUCAGAGUUUUUCAGAGAAAAGUCCGAAAAAUUCCUAUCAGAGAUUAAAAAAAAGUCCACUCGACAUUUAAUCCUCAUUCAUUACCUCAAAUUUUCAAGUCAUCAAUAAAUAAAAAUAAAAAUUCCAAUACUUGAAUUUUUAUACCAAGACUUUAAUAAACUUACAAUUAUCAAAAACUAAUUAAAGGCAUUGUCAGACGGUGCCCCCCCCCCACUUUUUAAAAAUAUGCAAUGACUUUCAACUGUCAUAAUCGUAUUAAAAUUUUAUCAAUUAAUUAAAAUGAAAUUAAAACCUUAACUGAAAAAAGGACAACGUAAUCGUAAUUUCGUCGAGAUGUAGAAUUUAAAAAAAAUUACUUGUAAUUGACAUCAAUUGGAAAUUAAGCGAAAUUUGUUGAAUAAAUUUUAGCCAACAAAAUUUAAAAAUUCUAAUUAUCAAAUUGACAUGACGAUUUUACUGAAAUUUAUUUAACGAAUUUUGUUAAACUCCCAAUUGAUAUCAAGUGUGAAUAAUUUUUUUUAAAAUCUGUAUAUCAGCUCUGUAUUACGACUGCAUUGUCAUUUUUUGAAUUAAUGCUUUAAUUUUUUUUUAAUUAAUUGAUAAAAAAUUGAUACGCUUAUGACAGUUGGAAGUCAUUGAAAAUUUUUAAAAAGUGGGGGGCACUGUCUGAGAAUGGCCUUAAAGUUUAAAAAAAAAAAUUAGUACCGUACUUUUACAAUUUUACGAGCACAAAUUUUCAAUUGGUUACAUUGUAAUUAAAUUCAAAUGAUUGGCGGCUAGAAAAUAAUCGAAGCUUUUACCUCAAAUUAAAUUUUUAUUUCUGGAUUGCAAUAAAAAAAAAAACAAACAUAAAAUAAAAUAAAGUAUUUAGACCGUAUUGAAGGUAGAAAUUUCUACAUGUCCAAGAAAGUAUACUAUUAAAAACAUAAAUUAGUAAUAAAAUGUAUAUUUGUCCUGCAGCCCUCUCUUUUUUUCUUCAUUAAAAAAUUUAAUUAUUUUUGAGGUGCAAUUAUUUUCGGGAUUCGUUUUUCGCGGGAAUUUAUUUGAAUAACAAGACAAAGAUUAAGAGAAAGAGAGAGGCAAGGACUAAAGACUGUUUCGUUAUUUAUUAAAACAACGAAGCAAGUUUUAAAAAAACUCAUUGAGUUUAAAAAAUUUGAAAAUAAAUCGAUAAAUACUUUACCUGUACAUAUAAACAUUAAUAUACACUACACUUAUAUACAUAUACAGCAUUAGCGUAUUUGGCGGGUAAUUUUAAAAUAAAUUAAAUUUAAUAAAAUAAAAUAAAAAUAGCGUAUGCAAUUUUUCAAUGUCUUUUUAAAAAUAUAAGACAGUUACAAUAAAAAUAAUAAUCUGGUUGACGCUUUAGUUCCAUGUAAGUGCAAAAUUAUGAUAAUUAUUAUUAAUCCGUUCGGGUGUUAUUUAUUUAAUUAAUUAAUUAUUUUAUUUUAUUUUAUUUUAAAUACUCGACUGUUUGGGUAUCAAAUAUAAUGUGGAGUAAAUAAAUAUACAAAUAAAUAUAUGUAUAUCUAUUAUUUGUCUUUCUGGUCAGAUAGAGUACUUGUCAAAUAAUUAUCAUUACCACAAUAAAAUAUCAAUCAGCAUCCUCAUAUUAUUGUCUAAGCAAUACAACAAAUAACUGGUACACAAUCAAUAGUAAUUGCAGGGAAAUUUAUUUAAAAUAAAUUAAAAGAGCGCCAAGUUAUUUUCUGUUGUUACGUUAAUUAAAUUUGAAUAUCGAGUUCCUGGAUUUUGAUUAAUUAAUAAAUAAGUUUGUAACAUAUCAGACACUUGGAAAACUUAAAUAAAUGAAAAACUUAAACAAAUGCUCUAUUGUUCUAAUUGUCGUUGUAAGUACGUUAAAGAUUCCCUAAUAAAUUAAGUGUAAGGAUUUUAAAUUGUAUGAGACUAUUAAAUAUGCAAGAGUGUGUUGUGAAAAUAUCAAUUGGUACAUUGACAUUGACACGUAUAUUAAUAUGUAAUAAUAAUAACAACACCUUGGGCGAGUAGAUUACUUUAGAUUUAAGUAAGGAUCACGUAUUGUAUGUAUGUGUUGUAAAUAGCAUAAAUAAAAUACGU